AUGACUGCUCCUGACCCUCCAUUUUCCCUUUUUGCGCCCUCGACAUGCAUCAUUGAUCCUCUGGAUAAUCACGCAUCAUCUAUUCUGCAGCUCCUGUUCAUCUCUGUGGUUGGUCCCCUUAUUGUUGUCCAACUCUACUUGCCAGCUAGCAAGUCUAUAAGUUCUUCUCUUCAGCUCUUUGACGAACGUCGAUCGAGUUAGUUUGUGAACGAUCAUCACAUCAUGAUGUUGACUUCACGGUUUGUCGCUCAGCGAUCUUUGCGACGAGUAGUACCACCGUCGAUCCAAUCUACUACAAGAAGUACAGGACCAAUCUUGGGUUGUGGGGCUCUGCGCCAAUACUCUCCCACGGGUACAAAGCUGAAUGACGAAGCCGUGCAAAAAGACGAAGAAGAAGCUCCACUAUUUACCAAGAAGGACAAGAAAGCCGCUGCUCGCGACUACAAUUCUCGCCGCGCCAACUACCGCCGCCAUGUCUCGGUGCUCCGCAAACAGUACUUUGCCGAGUACGAGAAGGAAAUGGCGGCCGAACGGGCCCGAGUCGAUGCCGAGCGAGAAGAAGUGACGCGUCGGAAAUUGGAACGACAACGACUCAAAAAUGUCCGCAGUGCUAGAAAUGCCGUCCUCAUGGAAGAAGCCCGACAACAGCGAGCUCGUGAAUUUGAAGCGCAUUUGGCCAAGAUGCAAAAAGUCCGAGACGAAACCAAACGACGAUAUCAAUAUGCCCGACAAAGCGUCAUUCAAGAAUUGGAAGCCGCAGCCGCUCAAUGGCUCACCAGUGUGGAGGAAGUCGAAGCGGCUUUUACGCAUGAAGCCGAACAGCAAUUGUGGGCGUAUCCGGGGGGUGUUCUGGGAGAAGCCAAUCCCAGUGUCGAUUCCCAUUUUUGGCAGUACGAAUCCCACACCAAUCACUUGGACAAGACAUUUCAGAGUCCGCGAGAAUUGUUGCUGGAAGAUUUGCUGAAACGAGUCUACGACGAUGCCUCGAUUGAUUAUGAGAAUUAUUGGACCACGUCACGCAUUCAAGAGCGGGAUGCGGUUGUGCUCAAAGCCAAAUUGCGAGCGUUGGUUCGAGCCGAAGGGAGACGAUCGUUGUUGAGUCGACAGCAGGAACUGUUGUUGGGAUAUUACGAGACCAAGGAAGACGAAGUUCCCAAGCGCAUGCCAGCACCCAAUGUCAAGAUUCUGGCCAAUAUUCGCGCACAAGAAAAGGAGGGUGUCGAAAUUCUCAUGAAUGACCCCACCAAGUUCUUCACGUUUGAGAAUCAGAGUACAGAAGGAGAAGGCGACACCGUUUACUCGGGUCCGACUCUGGGAGCGCCCAUGGGCAUUCGAGACCCACUGCGCGAUGGAACCCCUGGGAAUUCCGUCUUUCCCAUUGGAGUGGCAGUAACACCCAAACAAGACAAUCGAACACAACGAGAAAAGAAGCGGCAAGAGCGCGAACAAAAAAUGUGGGAAGCCGCACAAGCAGCCAAGGAGGCCAGUCUGGAGGGAGGUGAUGACGAUGAUGUAUACGAUGCCAAUGAAACCAUCAGCUACGACGACAACAAUUGGGAAUCGGACGACGAAGAAUGGCGCAAGGGAUUGGAUCCAGUAGAGGAUGCGGAUAUUAUCAAUGUCCCCAUUGAGAAGCGAUUCAGUGAGGCCGACAUUAAAUGGGUGGUGGCGCAACUGGAGCUUCGGACGGAGCAUCUGCAAGGUCAAUUGGCGAGAGAGGUGGAUUCCUCCAUGCAACGGUUGCGCACUCAAGCGGAGGAUGAUACUCCAGACGCCAUGCGGAACCUCACCAAUGACCAAGUGCUGGCCCUUGCCGAGUUUGUGGCUUCGAAUGACCUCGCGCAAUUGUCAGCAGACGAGGCCACAAAUGCUUUGAAGGAGAUUCCGUGUCUGGAAGAUGUAGAUCUGAAAGGAUUGGUGGAGCUCAUGAAAUCCGCCGAUUAAGACCCUUUGCAAAUUGGAAUGUGCUACCAGUAUCUGCGUUGAGCAAGAUCGCUGUUAGGAACCUAUUGGAAAUACGACAAUCCUCAACAUGACUUUGCUCUGUCAAGCUCCAGAAUGCACCGUACUGGCACUCUUUUGUGCUUGCAUUCGUGGCAGUAAUAACGGUAACAACUAGAAAGUUGACAGAAUCAGUAGAAGGCGAGGGUGCGAUCUUUGAUCAUGCCUGUAAAGCACAAGUUGUUGUUCUUCCAACCU